AUGCCCCCAGUGCCCCAUCAGAUGCUGCCAUACAUGAACGUGGGCACGCUAUCCAGAACUGAGCUUCAGCUUCUCAAUCAGCUUCACUGCAGGAGGAAGAGGAGGCACAGGACCAUCUUCACCGAUGAGCAACUGGAAGCUUUGGAGAACCUUUUCCAGGAGACCAAAUACCCAGAUGUGGGCACCAGGGAGCAGCUGGCAAGGAGGGUCCACCUGAGAGAAGAGAAAGUAGAGGUCUGGUUCAAGAACCGCCGGGCCAAGUGGCGUAGACAAAAAGCGCUCUUCCUCCGAGGAGUCAGAAAAUGGACAAAAAUGGAAUAA